GCAGCCUCUUGUGCCCUUCCCCCGACAUCCCGCCGGGCGCACAAUGAAGCCUGCUGUUACUGGCCACUGUCUACAGCGGUCGUCGCCUCGCCUUCCAGUGCUCUGCUCAGCCGCUGCCAGACCCACUCGCCGCGCUGGUCACCUCAACGCUACCACCAGCUUUUUUCCAGAGACAUCGCGCUUGACUGCAUCGCCAACGGCUUCUCCUCGACAUCGCCGCCUCUUCAUCCAUCUCGCCGUACGCGCACACUGCAAAGGACAUCCCCAUGACCUCUCAACAAAUCUCGUCGUCCGCCAGUGCCCUACGCUACCUCUCGUAACCGCCUCGCGAAGCCUCCCAUCCCUCACAAUGGCGUCUGCAUACAGCGCCUAUCACGCCAAUGGCAAGCAACAGCAAACAAAAUACACUCUGACGGGGCUCGGCCGCUGGUCUGGCCUCGAAAAGUCCCCCCCUGACCCAGCCAAGAUUCGCGCCAUCCACGUCUACGACUUCGAUAACACCCUAUUUAAGACCCCGCUGCCGAAUCCUGCACUAUGGAACAACCAGACGAUCGGUCUUCUUGCCAUGCAAGACAAGUUCAUCAAUGGCGGCUGGUGGCACGAUAACAACAUCCUCGCAUCGGUCGGUGACGGCAUCCACAAGGAAGAACCUCGCGCCUGGGAGGGUUGGUGGAAUGAAAAGAUUGUCCAGCUCGUCCAGCUCAGCAUUCGCCAGCCAGAUGCCGUCUGCGUACUGCUGACGGGCCGCGGCGACAGAAAGUUUACAGACAUUAUCCGGCGCAUGGUAGAGAGCAAAGGUCUCAACUUUGACAUGCUCGUUCUCAAGCCUCCCAUCGGCCCUUCGAACCAGACGUUUGACAACACCAUGCACUUCAAACAAGCAUUUCUGACAGAGCUCGUUGAGGUAUACAAGGGCGCCAGCGAGCUACGUAUUUACGAGGACCGACCAAAGCAUACCAAGGCGUUCAAGGAAUUCUUUGAAAACUACAACUACCGCCAGUCCACAAAUCCUACCCGAGGCACCAUUGGAACAGAAGUCAUCCAGGUGCCUAACAAUUCUACAACCUUGGAUCCUCUAACAGAAGUCACGGAAGUGCAGCGAAUGAUUCAGCAGCACAACGAGGAGCUGCUCAAGCAGCCACUACAUCUCCGACCCGCAAAACUUGCCAUUAAAAAGACGGUUUUCUUCACAAGCUACAUGAUUGGCCAAGAAGACAAGACAAAACUUCUUGCGUUGGCCAACAUCCCCGCAGAUAUCAACAAGAACUCCCUCAAAAUCCACGGCAGCAACGUCAUCAUUUGCCCCAAGCCUUGCCCCAAGGAAAUCCUGGACAAGAUCGGUGGCAUGGGCAGCCUAAUGCGCUGGGAGGUUACCGGAACGGCCUGUUAUCACAACAGCAUCUGGGCAGCUUGCCUGGCCCCUGCUCCUGGAGCUACAUCAUAUCAUACCGAGUCUGCGGUCCCGCAUGUUGUGUUGGCCAUGAAGAAGGGUGCACGCCCAGCGGAUGCGGGUAAGAUUAACACCUGGGCUCCUCUCCCUCCUGACCAGAGAUUCGUCUUCGACAGCCGAGUAGGUGAGAAGAUGAUUCUCCGCAUCGAGGAGGAUGAUCCUCGCCAGGGCGACUACGAAAACCUCUAUGCCGGCAAGGGUGCUUCCAAGAGAAAGGUGGAAGAGCAGCAGCUCGUGGCCCCCGUUAUUCCUACCGGUCCUCGCAACGCAGGACGGGCUCGUGGUGGCGGCGGCGGAGGUGGUGGCGGAGGCAAGAAAGGACGUAGUGGCCGAAACCGCGGCCGUGGUGGCUACAGCAACUAUAAGUCGCUGGACGAGGUCAAGCCUGCUGAGGUCUUGUAUGAUCAGAAUAACCCGCCUCCUGGCCCUGCUGCGAUGAGAAAGGGAACGGCCAAAGGGCCAGCUGCAGCUGCAGCAGCAGACCUUGGCGACUAUUACUAGUCUGUACGUGCAUAUAUGCAUACGAGUGUGUUGUAUUGCAACUAUGUUUGUGCUGCAUGGAUUCCAGAGCUCUGUGGAAUAGGAAAGAAGCAAGACAAAGAAAAGAGUCAUUUGCUGGCGUUUUAGGAGCAUCAUGUUUUUUACGAUAACGAUCGAUUGUACAUUUAGAAUCACUCUCAUCAGAAAUAACACAUCACAUUUUGAUAACUACUGCAUUUGGCCUUGCGCCUUAUACUGUAAAUUUCUUGGUUAUAUUAAUACUUUUGGGUGAUAUGGACGUCUAAUCACUAUCCUCAUCGUCGUCGUCAUCGCUGUCUUCCUCUUCCUCUGCAUUCUCCAGCCACUCGACCAGGACCUUUGCCUUUUCGCGGAGUGCCUCCAUGGCCUCACUUCCAGACGCACGCUCGUCCUCCCACCACUCUAGGAUGCCUUCUUCCUCGAGGAUAUCCAGGGCAUAUAGCUGCUGCAUCAGGGCGGCAAGAAGCGUGCCGGCCUUGGCGGACUCGACGGUGCGGACCGAAGACAGCGCACGCUGCACGGCGAGGAUGAACUCAACCUGCUCCGUCUCACCGCCACCGACACCAACUUCCGAGAUGAACUUUGUGGCACCAGGGCGGGCUGUAAGCGCAUUCUCAGCGGCCUUGCUGGCCUCUAGCGAGCCGUUUUCAGGCAGCGUGAGCUCGGCGGCGCGGCGGGCAAAGGCGGUGGCGACGGCCUUGCGCAUCAUGUCGUCCGAGGCGUUGGUGGCUAGACGCAGACCCAUGAACUCGAGCUUGGCCGAGUCAAAGUCGCCGGAUGUGGCGCGCAGGGCGUCGACGAGGCCGUUGACUGCGUCGUUGUGGAAGGCGAUCUUGCCGCUCGAGUCGUCGGAAGCAAAGGAGUCGAGGCGCUCGCGGUCAGACGACGCAGCAAAGCCAGGUUCUUCAUCAUCCGAUUCAUCAAAGACUUCGGAGGCGAGCGUGGAGAUGGAGGAGGACGAGAGGUUGUAUGAGGCGAGGGAGUAGAUGAGCGAUGUUUGCAGGCGGGUUGGGUCGCGCUCAUCGAGGUCCUCCAGGUCGGGGUUCUCAAAGGGAGCGCCGGCGCCGCUGGGGCCGAGGAGCGAUGUGUCGGUAGAGACGACUUUGCCGCCGAUGUCUUUGGUCGAGAGGAUGGUGUCUGCGGAAAUGGGCUUGCUUGCGGAGACGCGGGUGCCGUAGGAGAGGAGGCAGCCGUCGGCAACGGCGGCAGAAUGUUCGACGGUCACGCCGUCGGCGAGGAUGGCGUGUGUAAUGGCGGCAUUGUCCUCGAUGCAGACGUCGUUCCAGAUGUAGGCAUUGGAGAGGGACACGUUGGCGCCGAUUUUGCAGUUGUUGCCGAUGAUGGAGUUUGUGAUGGAGCUGCCGGCGCCAAUGGUUGUGCGGGCUCCAAUGACGGAGUUGAGCAGCUUGGCGUCGGGGGCGUGGUAGGCCGUGGUGUCGAUGACAGUGGCGCCGGCAUGGCGCUUGUAGGAUUGGCCGGGGAGAAGGUUGUUCUCGGGCAGGAAGGGCGAUGUCCAGCGGCCGACAAUGUCGCGUGUGAUGGCGUCGUACAUUUGCAGGUUGUGCGCGCGGGCGGCGUAGCCCUUGGUGACGAUGUCGGUGUAGAUCAUCUUGCCGUUGAGCUCCCAGUCCUUGAGGACGCCGUGGAGGAAGUUCUUGCGCGGUAGCUCGUAGUCGAAGCUUUCGGACCAGAGGGCCAGGACUUCGGGUGUGCAGAUGUCGAUCUGGGCGUCGAUGAGGUCGGCGCGGAUCUCAAAGUCGGUCGAGAGCUCGUCGACAAUGGCGGGGUCGAGGAGCGCAUAGUGGUCUUCUGAGAGGGGGCUCAUUUCCUCGUAGUGCAAGCAGCGGCGGUUGUUGGAGUCGACGACAAAGACGGGCGUGAUGCCAUGCGCCUUGGUGC